GGUGUUAUUUGGCAUUACUUGAGUCUUCAAUGGUCCGAAUACAGGAGAUAAGAUUUGACUUUGGUUGCUCAUUGGCCUCUGUAUCCCCUUUUCAUUUAUUUCAUUUGUGGUUGAUUUAGUAUAGGAUUCUGUUCUUUGCCACUCCCCCUGUGAAUACUCCUCCCUUACAAGAAGCCUUUCCUUUUAUGGAAUAAAUCUGCAUUUGUCCUGUCAUUUAUAUAGAAGUGGCUGAAGGAGGCAGCUUGCAGCCAUGAAUCAUGGCACUGCAACUGAGUCAAUUGCCAGACAAGAGGGAAAGUUUACUGCAUUGCUUGUUUGCUGGCUUCUGGGAAAUGGAUCCCUUGUCUCAUGGAAUAGCAUGUUGACUAUUGAAGAUUACUAUUCGGAUAUCUUUCCAGAUUACCAUCCUACAAGGGUACUAUCACUUGUUUAUCAACCUUUUGCCUUUGUGACGGUUGCAAUAUUGACGUACCAUGAAGCAAGGCUCAAUACGAGAUCUCGAAAUCUAGGAGGAUUUUCUCUUUUCUUCAUAAGUUCAGCUUUAUUAAUUGUUUUGGAUGUGGCAACAUCUGGUAGAGGAGGAAUUUGGCCAUUUAUUGGAGUGUGUAUUAUUAGUGGAGUAUUCGGAAUUGCGGAUGCUCAUGUUCAAGGUGGAAUGGUUGGUGAUCUGUCUUUGAUGUGCCCAGAAUUUAUUCAGUCAUAUUUUGCUGGCUUAGCUGCAUCCGGUGCUUUCACCUCUGCUUUAAGGUUCAUAACAAAGGCAGCUUUCGAGAAUUCUCAAGAUGGUCUACGCAAGGGAGCUACAUUGUUCUUUGCUAUCUCAGCAUUUUUCGAACUGCUUUGUGUUCUUUUAUAUGCAUUUAUCUUUCCAAAGCUACCAAUUGUCAAGUACUAUCGAUCUAAAGCAGCUGCUGAAGGAUCAAAAACAGUUUCUGCAGACCUCAUUGCCGCUGGCAUUCAACGGCAAAACCAUGAAGUUGGUCUCUCUUUAAUUGCUGUUGAAGAAGAUCCAAAAAUCCUGGAGCGUUUAAGUAACAAAGAAUUGCUACUAGACAACGUAGAUUAUGCAUUUGAUUUGUAUCUCAUAUAUGUUCUGACAUUGUCAAUAUUUCCUGGAUUUUUAUCAGAGGAUACUGGAUCACAUAGCUUGGGUUCAUGGUAUGCACUUGUCUUGAUUGCUACGUUCAACGUAUGGGAUCUCAUUGGAAGAUAUAUACCUCUAAUAGAAUGUCUAAGGAUAAAAUCAAGGAAAGGCCUGAUGGCUGCAAUUCUUUCUCGGUUCUUACUAAUUCCGGCAUUCUACUUCACUGCAAAAUAUGGAGACCAAGGUUGGAUGAUACUGUUGACAUCUUUCUUAGGGGUAACAAAUGGUCACCUUACAGUCUGUGUUAUGACUGAAGCACCCAAAGGUUACAAGGGACCUGAGCAGAAUGCACUUGGAAAUCUGCUUGUCACUUUUCUUCUUGCUGGUAUAUUCUCAGGAGUUGUACUUGACUGGCUGUGGCUCAUUGGCAAAGGCUGGUGAUGAUGAUGCAGUGGCUUAAAUAUUUCAAAUUUCUGAACAUUAAAAAAAAAGUAUUUAUCAUUUUAGUAGUUUAAAGGGUUAUUUUCAGUAGCUCCUUUUACUUGUAUUCAGGUGAGUAGUUCCUCAAUUAAAUAUACACUGAAAGAUGGUUUUUAAUGGGAUUGAACCGAGUUGCAUGAUUCAUGUAACCAAGGGCAUGAGAGAAGAUUGAACCACAAUUUGUUGUAUUUAUUUACUCAACUAGUUCUCUG